CUGGGGCGAAGUUGGCGUUGGAAACGAUUGUCAUUUCGAAGCCUCCUUUGAUGUGUCUGUUUACCAUCACUCCUUGAUCAUGGGUGAUCAUUUUACGCUUACCUAAUGCAUUUCGAAAAUUUGAAUUAGCAGUGCGUGUCACAGUGGCUGUGUAUAUAAUUUCUCUUAAUUAUAUUAAAAAAAAAACAACAAAGACUAUGGCGCAAUAUGAAGAAUCCCAUCUCGUGCACCACCAAGACUCUUAUCAAUCUAAACCCUUGAACAUGGACACGAAAAUUCAAGAAAAUAAGGGUUCUUUCUGUAUAGACGCUCUUCUUUCACGUAGUGAUGACCGUCCGACGUCUCCCGAUACCUCCCGAAGUAUAUCGCCGACAUCUACAAGAAGUCGAAGUCCUCCGAUAUCACCAGGAAGCGAAGAAGUGCCCCAAACCGCUUUUGUGCCAAGACCUGGACUUUUAAACCACAUUUAUCCCAAUAGCAGCAAUUUUUACGGUUACCAAGCUCAACCUCAAGCUUCAGCUUUUCAUAGUUUAGACGGUGCAAUGAUUCAAAAGGUCCAAUUGCCCGUUAAUCAUCACAAUCAUAAUCAGUUGCAUCAGAUGCAGUUGGAGUGGUUGGCAAGGACUGGCAUGUUUUACCCCAGAUUGCCGGAUUUAGCAGGUUGCGGUCCUGGACACGCUCUCUUGGGCAAAACCCGAAGACCUCGGACAGCAUUUACCUCACAACAGUUAUUAGAAUUAGAAAAACAAUUUAGACAGAACAAAUAUCUAUCAAGACCGAAACGAUUCGAAGUAGCGACAAGCUUAAUGUUGACCGAAACUCAAGUAAAAAUUUGGUUCCAAAACCGUCGAAUGAAGUGGAAACGCAGCAAAAAAGCUCAGCAGGAAGCGAAAGGAUCGUCAAAGGAUGAUUCGGUGUCAAAUAAGCAAGCAGUGAGUUCUUCUCAAGGAAACUGUAAGCCAACAUCGUCGCAAGAAAAUUUGGAAAGCCAAAUAAUAGAAAACGAUCCUAGUCGAAAAAUUCAAGAUGGUGAAUCUCUGUAUAGACCUUACGUUGUGUAAAUAUUAUUGAUGAAAAAUGCUAGCGCUUCUGACGCGUCUAGGUGCAUUAUGAUUUUGUAUUGUAAAUAGUAAUUAAUAAAGUGUACUGUGAAGUAUGAUCUCGUUAAUAAGUUUUUUUUGUGAUGCUACCUCAUUAUGUUAAAUUUCCAAAACUUAGGGAGUUGUACAUAUUUUAAAGUUCCUAAUUAUAAAUAUGAUAUGUAAAUGGAAGAUGAAAAAUAAACAAUAAAACAAGAGUUUA